CCUCAGGUGGGUCUAGUCGUGGUAUUCCACCAUUGCUUGCCUGACUGAGCCUAGAGGCUCCCGCUGCUCUCUGCCCCAAGCUGCCUGUCCUACGCCUAGCCUCAUCUUCAGUUCGUGAGAGCAAAGGAUGCCGCUGCUGCGCGGCCGCCGCCUCGAAUCCCGGGCCGGGAAGGACAAGGCGUGGUCUGCCUGCCUGCCCGCCCGCCGCCCUCCCUCUAGCUCUAGCUGGCCGGAGAAAUGCAACGAAGCUGCUCUUCUGAGUACUCAGUGGUUGCGGCAGACAACGUUUAGCAUCCAAGCCUCAGCGCGGGUCUGGCGUACAGCGGGAAGCGCCGACGGCUAAGCCGACCUCAGCCUGUUUGCCCGGGAACAACUAGUGAGCGAGUCUUCGACGGGGCGGACUAACAAGUUCCUCGUAAUCGUCGGUUCGAGGUCACGGCUGAAUUGCGCAACCGUCGGUUGAAACGCUCCCCUGCACCGCAGCCCGGUGAGGUUCCCUCUUGAUUGGUGAGGAUGGCAAGAACCUGCUAGUGUUUUUCCAAGAUUGCAACAAGGGGGAUGGAAAGUGUUGACAAACUGCUCUCAUUUUUGAAACAUCAGCAUCUUUCUUGACAAAGUGCAGAACACGCUCAAUAGAAGCAAUGCCUGACGGUGAGGACUCUAUAGUGCUGCAUAAGCCUGUGUGACUAAAAGGAGUGAGGGACCAAUGAGACAGAAUUCCUCAGCAUGGAAUCUUCACCCUCCCUGAUCCAGAUGUACUGGAAGUACUAUAACAGCAACAUAAUCUCCCUGCACUAUAACUACACAGGCAAGCUCCAGGCAAGCUCCAAAUAUAAGGGCAGCCUCAAGGCUGAUGCCAUCAUCUUCCUGGUUGUGUGUGCCUUCAUUGUGGUGGAAAACCUAGUGGUCCUGCUGGCUAUAUGGAGAAACAAGAAGUUCCACUCGCCUAUGUACUACCUGCUUGGGAAUCUGACCCUUUCGGACCUGCUGGCUGGAGUGGCGUACACUGCCAAUAUCAUCAUGUCUGGGGCCAGCACUCUCAAGCUGACCCCUGCCCAGUGGUUUCUGCGAGAAGGCGGGGUCUUCGUCACACUUGCUGCAUCUGUCCUCAGCCUCCUUGCCAUUGCCAUUGAGAGGCACAUCACUAUGAUCCGCAUGAGACUCUACCAUGGGGACAAGAAAGGGAGGAUGUUCUUGCUAGCGGGUGCCAGCUGGGUAGUUUCCAUCUUGCUUGGGGUGCUGCCCAUCCUUGGCUGGAACUGCAUUGAUAACCUUCCAGAGUGUUCUAUAGUGCUGCCCCUCUACUCGAAGCAUUACAUCCUCUUCUGCAUCACUAUUUUCCUGGUCAUCCUGAUCUCCAUUGUGGUUCUGUAUGUCCGCAUCUAUCGCAUGGUCAAGUUCAACGGGCAACGCCUAGGCAGCCUCCGCAAGGGCAUGCUCAAGAAAUCCCAGAAAUAUAUGGCCUUGCUGAAGACAGUGACCAUUGUGGUGGGCACAUUUAUUGUUUGCUGGCUGCCCCUCUUCCUCCUCCUAUUGCUGGAUGUUGCAUGCCAGGCUCGGGACUGCAGCAUGCUGUACAAGGCAGACUAUUUCCUGGGCUUGGCUAUGAUUAACUCCCUCCUUAAUCCCAUCAUUUAUACCCUGACCAGUAAGGACAUGAGGCGGGCCAUUCUCAGGCUGCUCUGCUGCCUCCUGGUGUCCACGCCAGGUGCAGAGGAAAGCAGAGGAAAGCGCUUUGGCCUCCCCAUCCUGGAGGGCAGCACCAGCAAGUCGGAGCGCUCCUCACACCAGCAGGAGGGGCUUCAUGCCAGCCUGUCCGUCACAAAUGGCAUCCCCACAGCCAUCAAAGCAUUGGUGCCAAAAACUGCCCAUUGAGUUCCUUUGUCUUCUUUGCCUGGCCUGGCUAUUCAGCACUGGGGCCUGAGCAGCCAGGACAACAGAAUGGUGGAGCAUGUGUCCCAGCAGAGGGGACAGGAGUGCAGAACGAACUGCUGUGACUGAUCUAGCAAUUAGCCCAGGCAAGACUGGAACUCAGGCAGGGAGAGAGCUGAGGAACAGGCAGGAAAGCUGGGGCAUGCUGCUAAAAAGAGAUGGAAGGGUGCAGCAGAAGUUCUAAUCCACAACAGCAAUUGAGAGGGCUGAAGUUACACCAGACUAGAUCCCACUUACCAUGACAUGGUGGCCUGUAAGCCCAGUUACAAGUUCCUGGUCCUCAGGGUAUGUCUAGACAAAUGUCAUUGUAUGUAAAAGAAGGAGUGUUGUAAAAGAAGCCUUUGUUAAAUUAUGAGCUGCUUGGGGCCAAAACUGUUUCCAUGUUUUGAAAAAUUGGUAUUAAUAAAAUGAUUG